AUGUUGAGUAGGGGUUUAGAUGAUAUCCGAUCACCGAGAAGGAGAAGAUAUUUAUGUGAUAUUUCAAACGUUGAUAAAUUAUCACGACCAAAAAAUGUUCCAUCAACAUGGCAUACAAAAGAGGACAAUGAUAAAUUUUUUGAUCAGUUAGGUGUAGAUACAUUUACCAUUGCAACUGGUUUGUGUGUUUUAAAGUGUGGUUCGAAAGGUUUUUUAGGAUAUGAAGAAUUCCGAGGUGUUGCAGUAUUUGCUAAAGAUUUUAUGCAUCGAUGUAAUUUUAUAAGAAUUUAUCAUAUAACGACAUUUGAAUUAUUAUAUGAGAUUGAACUCUUGGAUAUGUUUUUAUUUAAAUUACAUAGAAGUGAUCGGAAAAAAUUGACAAUAAAAAUGGGUAUUCAUUACGCUGAUAUGAUUUUUGCUGAAAGAGGUGAUAUGUUGCAAUUUAAAAGAAAGUUGUGUAGAAUUGGUAUUGAAAAAAUUAAACCAUCUCUUGUAAAGCGGAUUCAAAACUGUUGGGAUAAUACAAAGAAAAUACUUGGAAACGUUAUACACGAGAAAAAGUCAAAUGAAUCCGCAAUUGUUAAUUCAGUUAAUGAAUAUUCAUACAAUGAUUCAAAUCAGUUUUAUACACCUAUGUCAUCUAAACUUUUAAGUAGGAAAAAUAAAUCAGGUGAUUUUUCUAAAUAUGACAGAGGGCAGCGUUGUGGCAUUAAAAGGAAGAUUACAGUAAAUGACCAAGACUCUGUUUAUUGUGAUGUAAAAAGACAAGCAAAGGAUCAAACAAAUUCAAAAAUACGGGUAGUUAAUUAUACUGUUUAUUCUCCUAAAACACCUACUUCAAGAAGAACCCCAGAACUUAUUAAUUUACCUCCAUCACCACCUGAAACACCUAGGGGAAUUCUAAAAGGACAUGGUCAAACUAAAUUAGUUUUAAAUAAUUGUAACGAUGAAACUUUACAUGUAGUAAAAAGCGAAAUCAAACAAGUAAAUUUUAAUUCUACUGAAGCUUUUACUUUAGGUCCUUCGGAAUCUCUUUUGCCACCACCACCUACUUUAAAGGGGGCUGUUAGGACUGUUCCAAGACCAUGUAGGAACCCUCCACCACCACCUCCCUUAGAAAAUAGAAUUUUAGUUAAUAAUGACAAGACUCCAACAACAAAAGUAAUUCCUUCUGAUUUACUAGCUGAGAUUCGCUCAGCUCCUCAAUUAAGAGGUGUUUCAAAAAUUAAUGGAAAUAUGGCAACUCCACACAGUCUUUCUACUGCUCAAUCUCCUCUACAUUUGAUUCGUUCGGCUAUGUUAACACGACGAAAAAGUAUAAAAGAAGACGAAUCAGAAGAUGAGGGGACACGAAGUACAUUUCACGACACAACUGAUUGGAGUGUUAAUGAAAGAUAUCAUGAAAUGAGAUAUCCUCUUAAGUAA